AUGUUCGUUCCUUCCGCAGGGCCCGGUGGCGGUGGCGCAGCCCGGGACCGGGACUGGCGGCAGGAGCGGCCACAGCCCCUUUCUGCGGGCAGGGAUCGGCCUCCCCAGCGCGCCCGGGAGCGGCGGCGGUUCCCUUCCCGCGGUCUGGAGCCGAAUCAGGUCUAGGAAACCAGGAGGAUCUUUUCCCAUAACAAUGGCAGCAAAAUCAUCACUCCUUAAAGUAAUACUGUUAGGAGAUGGUGGAGUUGGGAAGAGUUCCCUUAUGAACAGAUACGUCACCAACAAGUUUGAUGCACAGCUGUUUCAUACAAUAGGUGUGGAAUUCUUGAAUAAAGAGUUGGAAGUUGAUGGACACUUUGUUACAAUGCAGAUAUGGGACACAGCAGGUCAGGAACGGUUUAGGAGCUUGCGGACUCCUUUCUAUAGAGGUUCUGACUGUUGCCUGCUAACCUUCAGUGUGGACGACUCUCAAAGCUUCCAAAACUUAAGCAACUGGAAGAAAGAAUUCAUUUAUUAUGCAGAUGUCAAGGAGCCUGAAAGUUUUCCAUUUGUGAUACUGGGUAACAAAGUUGAUAUUGAUGAACGGCAAGUAUCUACAGAAGAAGCCCAAGACUGGUGCAGGAAUAAUGGCAACCAUCCCUAUUUUGAAACCAGUGCAAAAGAUGCCACUAAUGUUGCAGCAGCCUUUGAAGAAGCUGUUAGAAGAGUUCUGGCCUCUGAAGACAGAUCAGAUCACUUUAUUCAAACAGAUACAGUAAACCUUCAUCGGAAACCGAAACCCAGUUCAUCUUGUUGUUGACUUAAAUUUCUUUUUGCCAAAUUACUGUUGACUAGCUUGCUCUCUAAAAGAACGGGGAAGGUAGUAGAUAAGAGUAACAAAUGGGUUUCACUCUAAUAUUAAAAUCGUAAUAUUCUGCUGCUUUCAUGGGGGAGAAAAAGAAAAAUCUCUUCAUGAGUGACCCGUUAUUGAAUUAGUGAUGCUUUCUGUUUAGGAAGACAUCAAGUAAAAAAAUAAUAUAAGAAUGUAAUUUGCCAACUUUAUUCAAAUGAUAAAUACUUUGAAUAUAAUUAAAACUUGAAGGUUCUAGAAGCACUACUUUGGAGAAACUGUUCUGGAAUUCAGGCACAAAGAUACUUUUAUAUGUGUAUAUUUUUAUGAAAUCGGCAUUCCAUUUUUGUUUUGUUAGAUGUCAGUUUCUUAACAAUGCUAGAUAUUAAACUUCAGUCUCACUACA